GGGUGGGACUGACGUCUUCGUGUUUCCUCGUCCGAUUUCCCCUUUCAUUUAGUUAUCAGUCGUAUCUUGGAGCCCGAGACUUAUGAGUCCACAACAAUAAUUGAUUUAAACAGGACUGGUGUUUCAGAAAACAGGGAGGGGAAUUUAUAUCUAUUAGAGAACUUGCAUGAAAAAUCGUCAGUGAUUUAAACAUUUGAAAACAACAGAGCCAGAAAUGGACGAAAAGGCGUUUACAAAGGAACUUGAUCAGUGGAUCGAACAACUCAAUGAAUGCAAGCAGCUUUCAGAAAGUCAAGUUAAAACACUCUGUGAAAAGGCUAAAGAGAUCCUGACCAAGGAGUCCAACGUGCAGGAUGUGCGAUGCCCAGUCACCGUCUGUGGAGACGUCCACGGCCAGUUUCACGAUCUUAUGGAGCUGUUCAGAAUCGGAGGGAAGUCGCCAGACACAAACUACCUUUUCAUGGGAGACUACGUGGACCGAGGCUAUUACUCUGUGGAAACUGUCACGCUGCUUGUAGCUCUUAAGGUUAGGUACCGUGAACGCAUCACAGUCCUGAGGGGGAACCACGAGAGCAGACAGAUCACACAGGUCUAUGGCUUCUAUGACGAGUGCCUACGCAAAUACGGCAAUGCAAACGUUUGGAAAUACUUCACAGACCUGUUCGAUUACCUUCCCCUCACUGCCUUGGUAGACGGCCAGAUCUUCUGUCUUCAUGGAGGCCUGUCACCGUCCAUAGACACACUGGAUCACAUCCGGGCGCUGGACCGUUUACAGGAAGUUCCUCACGAGGGACCUAUGUGUGACUUACUGUGGUCAGACCCUGAUGACCGUGGAGGAUGGGGAAUUUCCCCCAGGGGUGCUGGAUACACCUUUGGGCAGGACAUAUCUGAAACAUUCAACCAUGCCAACGGCCUUACCCUGGUGUCCAGAGCUCACCAGCUGGUUAUGGAGGGUUACAACUGGUGCCAUGAUCGUAAUGUGGUAACGAUUUUCAGCGCACCCAACUACUGCUAUCGCUGUGGUAACCAGGCAGCUAUUAUGGAGCUGGAUGACACCCUCAAGUACUCUUUCCUGCAGUUUGACCCUGCUCCUCGCAGAGGGGAGCCCCACGUGACCCGGCGCACCCCUGAUUAUUUCCUGUAAACUCUGUACAAUGCAGUAUUACCACCCUGUAAUAACCCAAAUUCAGAGUAAAACCAGAUGGGAGAGGGAUGGGCAACAAAUUGGAGAAAAAAAGAAACCUGCAGUUUAUCCAGGAACAACAACAACAACAAUCUAUUUAAGCAUCCAGAGGGAAAAGUCUGUGUUCAUGGACCAAAAGAAAUGUGCCAUAUUCAAAGGUAUCCAGAGACCUCUAUCCAAGACCAUGACCAUGAGAGAGAGAGAAAAAAAACCCAAUGAUUCCACAGUACUUUCUAGCUCUUGCUUUUGUCCAUCUGUUGUUAGAUGAAUAUGAAAAUCAAGCUUUGUUAUACAAUUUCAAAUCAACUUACUAAGGUCUGCUGCAUGGAACCACCACCUGUUGUUCAGUUUUUGUUUUUUUUUUUCUUUUUUUGUUUGUUUGUUUGUUUCUUUUGGGGUUUUUUUUGGGUGGGAUGGGGGUGGGGUUAUGAAUCUCUCUCUUUGCACUUUUUUAUCAGAAAAAAAGAGACAUGAGUCAGUUGUCAUAAGCAGUUCUGCUCAAUGUGUUUUUUUUUUUUUUUUCCCCUUUUUCGGUCAGUGAUUUUUAUAUCCCAGCAACUACUUUACUGCGAGAUAAUCUUUCCAAAAUGAACAAAGAUGAAAAUAAACUUAAGAUAUGCCAACUGAGCUGUCUGUGGCAGAGAGGAGGAACAUGUGAUCAUGGGAGUAGUUGUGUGAACUUCUCGUGAUGGGGUAAAUGUCUGAAUGGACAACACCUGUUUGAAUAAUAAAGCUGAAAGUUACUCCCUGA